AUGGAUCAAUCAAUGGCUCUCAUCGAUGCACAAGUUCACUUCCUAGAAGAGCCAGUGGUGCUGGUGCACAUCCCCUUGGAACUGUACCCCUACUUCCUAAAAUCAGUUCUAGGACUCAUCUUCGAUGAGACCCCGCCAUUGGAAGACAAUGAAAUCAAUGAUGAAAUCAACGAUGAUGCCUCGGAAGACUCUGCCUACAAGGCUCCGGCAUUCAUGAACGUCUCCAUCACGCCGGUGGAAGUCUCCGUCAUGUGUCCCAGACGCCUGGUGGAGAAAUAUUUCAGUCCAGUCAUGCAUGAACUCGACCAAGUAGAUCCCUCUCUCCGAUCCCGUCUAGUCGUGAGCGAGAAAGACUACAUCGCCAUGCAAGUCCUCGGCGAAGGCCUCGAGGCCGGCAAGCGGGUCCUAGAACUAACCAGUCCCCUAGCCCUCGCCGGCAUUUCCAUCUUCUUCAUCUCCACCUACUUCUCAGACUACAUCAUAGUCCCCAUGCAAAGCAAAACAAGCGUAAUUCGCGCGCUAGAAAACAGAGGCUUCCAAUUCGACACCGAAACCUCAACCUUCAUCACAAACCCACUAAGCCCACGCCUCGAAAGAAGUCUCUCCGACCUCAUCCCCCCAGGCACACCCCCACCCUCAACACUAGCUGAACUCCAAGCCCGCACCUUCGCUUCUCUCCGCAGACACCAAAUCACCCCCUCCGUAGACAACACCCUCCGUCUCGUCCAAUGCGCCGCCCACCACGAAUAUCACACCCAUGAAAGCUCAAUGUCCAUCCUCCGGGACGCCCUGACAACUGUCCUCUUAGUCGACAACCCCCGUUUCCUCUCCUUGACCCUCGCUGCUAUGGACCCAGCGGCCUCUCUGCUCUUAGAAAAGCGUCUCCUCCCCCGCUUCGCACGACCCUCCGCCUCCCACGACGGCGGCUCUGCCCUCCUAGGCUCAAAGGAACACUAUCUCAUUCCAAUCACCCUCGAUCUCCGCGAUCUGCCCCUCGAGGCAUCUGGUAUUGUCUGUGGCGUUGCGGGGAGGUUAGCCGAUGCAGCGACUGUACCGUUACCGUCCACGGGAUCCGGAUCGAGAACGUAUGACUCCUUUGAUGCGCGGCUCGCUGCCCUUGAUGUCAACGAGAAGGGUGUACCGCCACCCGGGACCAUUUCACAUGCCUUGCAGCCGACACAUGGUCUCAGACCUGAUAUUGGGGCUGUGGUUGAUGCAGUGGAGAUUAGCUUUUUGAGUACGGCGCGCGCGGGCACGAUUAUUGUUGGCGAGGAUGAGUUGGUUCGGGCUGUUGAGGCGCUGGAGAAGGAAAAGGUGCAGUCUCCCCUUGAGGGGUUGGGGUUGGGGUUAGAGUUGGAGUCGCAGACUCCGCCCGAUAGUCCGCAACACGGAUGA